AUUGUUACACCCGCCAUCAAUAGUUUGUAAAUUGAGAGAUAUUUGUUUAGUAAUCCUGAAACGGUCCAACCCCUCGAGCGCCGGAGCUCAUGCAUUAUUCAUGAGCGACUGCUGACACAGGCGUCGUAGAAAAGUUGAGUUUACAAACUUUGGGACAGGAGCAACAAGAUCUACCGAACUGGCCGGAGCAAAGGGAAAGUAGCUACAUUUAAAUGUACUUUUCUCAUGUAGGGACAAAUUUAGUUGUUCUCUAUCUUACUUUAAUAGAAUAGUUUUAUUGCGAGUUUGACGGCAGAAAGGUGAACUAUUUUUGUCCACACAGAGGGUUUAUAAAAGUUUGCCUGAGAGUAGCCUAGGCCUACUUCAGAAGGCUCAACGUUUGAUAGUUGUAUAAAGCCUCAACUUUAAAUCGUUUUUAUAUUUUCUGUAUUGCUCUAACUUUUACAUUAAGACAAAAUGAGCAACCCACUUCAGCCAAUGCCAGGACAACAAGUUAUCCAUGUCGCGCAGGACUCGGAUACGGAUCUCGAGGCGCUUUUUAAUUCGGUUAUGAACCCGAAAGCCAGUUCAUGGAGGAAGAAAAUGUUACCCGAGUCUUUUUUCAAGGAGCCAGAUUCUGGAUCUCACUCCCGACAGUCGAGCACUGAUUCGGGCAGUCACCCGCCCAGGCUCACCGUACAACACGUACGGUCACAUUCCUCGCCCGCAACUUUACAGAUUGGAUUGGGAGCCAACCCAACUCCAAGCCCGGUACAUCACUCGCACAUCCGCCACCAGUCUUUCGAUGUUGCCGAAGAGUUGCCGCUGCCCCCUGGAUGGGAGAUGGCCUACACGUCCAACGGACAGAAGUACUUUCUCAAUCACGUGGAGAAGAUCACCACUUGGCACGACCCUCGGAAGACCAUGACGACAGCCAUGAACCAGAUGAGUCUCCACGCCCCCCCACCCUCUGCCAGCCCACAGCAACGCAACAUGGCCCUGUCCCAGCCCAACCUUGUGAUGUCCCAACACCACCACCAGCAGCACCUGCAACACACCCAGCAGCAGCCCCAACAGGCCCAGGCCUUGGGUUCACCUGGCUCCCUCCCCCAGCAGCAGAGCUCCCAGGCUGGGAUGAUGAGUUUGUCCAGUCCCCUGGGUGUGGUUGUCAGUACCCAGCAGAAGAUGAGGCUGCAGCGCAUCCAGCUGGAGAGAGAGAGGAUCCAGAGACGCCAGGAGGAGCUCAUGAGACAGGAGGUGGCACUGUGUAGACAGCUCCCCGUGGACUCUGAGAGCAUGGCACCAGCGCCCACUCCUGGUGGCAACCCUGCCCAGCCCAUGUCCCAGGGCAACAUGCCCACCAAUGGAUCUGACCCCUUCCUCAACAGUGGUCACUUCCAGCACUCCCGGGAGCAGAGCACAGACAGUGGCCUGGGGCUGGGCUGUUACAGCAUCCCCACCACCCCAGAGGACUUCCUUAAUAACAUGGAGGAGAUGGACACAGGUGAGAGCAUGGCCCAGGCGGGCAGUAUGAACGUGUCUCAGCACAGCAGCUUCCCAGACUUCCUGGACUCCCUGCCAGGAACCAACGUGGACCUGGGAACCCUGGAGGGAGCAGACCUCAUCCCCAUCCUCAACGAUGUGGAGUCAGUCCUCAACAAGAGCGAGCCCUUCCUCACCUGGCUGUAAACACACACACACACACACACACACACGUACACACACACACACACACACACACACACACACACACACACACACACACACA